AUGUGUGACAUCAUGUGUGACAUCAUGUGUGACAUCAUGUGUGACAUCAUGUGUGACGUCAUGUGUGACAUCAUGUGUGACAUCAUGUGUGACGUGUGUGACGUCAUGUCUGACGUCAUGUGUGACAUCAUGUGUGACGUCAUGUGUGACGUCAUGUGUGACGUGUGUGACGUCAUGUGUGACAUAAUGUGUGACAUCAUGUGUGACGUCAUGUGUGACGUCAUGUGUGACAUCAUGUGUGACGUCAUCUGUGACGUCAUGUGUGACGUAAUGUGUGACGUCAUGUGUAACGUCAUGUGUGACGUCAUGUGUGACAUCAUGUGUGACGUCAUCUGUGACGUCAUGUGUGACGUCAUCUGUGACAUCAUGUGUGACGUCAUGUGUGACAUCAUGUGUGACAUCAUCUGUGACGUCAUGUGUGACGUCAUCUGUGACGUCAUCUGUGACGUCAUCUGUGACAUCAUGUGUGACGUCAUCUGUGACAUCAUGUGUGACGUCAUGUGUGACGUCAUCUGUGACAUCAUGUGUGACAUCAUGUGUGACGUCAUGUGUGACGUCAUGUGUGACAUCAUGUGUGACGUCAUGUGUGACAUCAUCGCAGCAGACAGCUCCGUGUCUUACUACAGCCUCAGCCGCGGCGGCUCGGGUCUUACGCCCGCCCCUUCUCAAGCAAGACUGACAGUCAUGGCGCUGGCUCCUCCCACCUCAGCUGUCACACACUUCCGGUCCAACAGCCAAUCACAGAAAGUGGAGACCAGUGGAGACCAGGGGAGACCAGUGCGCAUGGAUGCGAGCCGCAGUGAUGACAGACGCCCCUCCUCCAGACUGACGCACGGCCCUGAGAUGGUUCCCAAUCCAGGGGUCUGCAACCUGUAG